UCGUGGCAACACAAGUCCACUUCUCCACCAAUGGAUUUAAAGCGGGAACCUGACGGUUAGAGAGAAACAAUAACUUAAAACUUUUCUCCUCCGGCUCGUCCACUAGUUAUAAAACUGCGUUUAACGGAUUGUCUGUGUUAAAAAAUAUAUGCAAUCACGGCUCAUAUAUCGACGUUAAUUUAUGAAGAAAAUUGAACAAAUGGUGUCGCACCGGUACGUUGUCUGUCCGCUGGGGAAAGGAAACCGUAAAGGAGGCAAAGAAAAGACAUUUAUUUCUCCAUGAACGAGAAUAAAAUGAGACCAAAACGCACGGUGAAGCAUUCAGGGCCGAACUGGAAAGGAAAAAGUGGAAACACUGCUGAUAAGACGACCCUGAACCAGGCAAAGCGAGCAUCACUUUUAUCCUCCGCUGCACUCGUCCUUCCUUUUGCUGGUAAAGUGUUUUACUUGGACCUGCCAUCAAACAGAACAGCAGAGACACUGGAGAGUGACAUCAAAGCUCUUGGAGGGACUGUGGAGAAAUUCUUCAGCAAGGACAUUAAGUAUCUGGUGUCUAACAAACAGGAGGCUAAGUAUGUGCACUGCCUCAGACAGGACUCUCCUGUCCCCAGCCCGGACUCAGGACCGAGUUCACCUCAUCCACGCUCAAACCCACCCUACCCCGGGAGCCACGGGGACAACAUCAAGAGCAGGUCUCAAGGCCAAACCGACACAUACGUCACGAGCCGAGGGAAGUCUCUGGUGGAGAGAGUGGUGAAAAAGCAGGAGAGGGUACAAUUGAACAAGAUCCUGUCAAAUGCUUUGGAGUGGGGUGUGAAAAUUCUCUACAUAGAGGAUGUAAUGGCGUAUGUUCAGAAGAAGAAAAGAAUUAUUAACAGCCAGGUUCCCGUGUCUGCUGUGGCCAAAACAACCGUCAAAUCUGUGUCUGCAGCUAAGCAAGGUGGUCAAAAAGUCAAAGGGGGGCGGAUCAGUAAACCUUUCAUCAAGGUUGAGGAUUCUAGCAGACACUAUCGUCCAAUCUACCUCACAAUGACAAACAUGCCAGAGUUCAACCUGAAGGCCGUCGCUCCCUGUACUCCCUUUGGUCUGGAAGACAAGGAUCCUCCUGGAAACAAACAGCGGGGACACAGAGGUGAAAAGGCGAUGGCGAGCGAGGAGAGAGCUCUCGGUCGAAAGAAGAACCGAGAUAAGAAACGAGCUGGCUACUGCGAGUGCUGUAUGGUCAAAUAUGAAAACCUCACAGCGCAUCUGCAGAGUGAACGUCACACAGCUUUCUCUAAGAGCGAAGAGUACUUGGUGGUGGACCGACUGAUUUCAACUCUCCCCUGCAACUUCAUCCACAUCAAAGCCAAAGCUAAAAGACCAAAGUGCAGCGUGUCCUCUGUUGUGAUUGUUCCUGGACCAUGUGUGAGAACUGACCAAAGGCACAAAGUAGAUCCUGAUCCCUCAGACACUGUUAAAGAAGAAAAACCUUGGCCUGUGGAUGGGUGUGAAGAUUCACAUUCAGGACACAGUCUAAAGAUUAAAUCAUCACCGGAUGCUCCCCUACGGAUUCGUAAAGACUGUGAACGGAGGAACUGUUACACUUACUCAGACAGAUCGAAGCAUAAAUCUCUUGCACGUAAACGUCUGUGCCGACAGAAUUCUUUGACUCCUUGCACACAAAAAGCACAGGCUCAAAUUCAGCAGUUUGAGUUGGAAAGAGCCCCCUCUAGAGGUGACGGUGUGCCCUCAUUUCCCUCCAGUGGUCCUCGGGUGGACCCAGAGGACCAAAUACCUCACAGAGACAUCUCGACCGCUCACUUUUGUAGUUUGAACAUGCAAAAUGAAGUUGCUUCAAAAAGUGUCACUUUCAUUCCAAAUAAACAAGAGGAGUCCGUUAUGAACCGCGAUGCUUUACUCUCUGAGACUCUUCAGGACAGAGACAUAUCCCCAGACAAAGUGACUGGAAAAGGUCUCUCAGUAAAGGAAGAAGGAAGCCGUCCUACACAAACCCUCUCUCCAGGCCAUAAAAUUCAGAGGAAAGUCAGAGUUUAUAAGCGCAAAAGACGAAAAAUGGAAACAAACGUUGAAUGUAAAAAGCCAAGUGAUACUCCUGAAAACGUCCUACUGAAGCUCUGGGAGCUUUUUCAGUCCAGUGAGGACAUGGACAUGGACUUUCAUGGAUUUGAGAAUGUAAAGGAGACAAACUAAUGGGGUGAACUGGACUUUCUGUGCCAAGGCUGUCAGAUUUUCAUUUUCUUCAAAAACAUUUUUAAAGAACGGAGACCUUUGUGUUUGCAGGCAAAGAGUUGCUGUCUCAUACUGGAUAAAGGCAACUGCUGGUGGUACUUUUGUACUUGUACUUUUAAAGUGGCAAUAAAAUGUACAUAUUUUUAGGCUAUGCAUUGUUUGGCAAAAAUGGGCUGAAGGACUUAAUUCAGAAAGAACAUUUUGAGUUUCAGUAAGAGAAAAUAAGUCGUUAAGUUCCAACACUUCUUCGGUUUUAGAAGAUUUGUGAAUGCAUUAAUAUAUUUUUCAGAAAUACCUUCUACUUUUUGUUGCCUCUUGAAGAACUAUAAAAUACUUUUUUGAGAUUUAAUUUUACUAAAAUAAACAUAUUUGUGUUUUAAUGUGAAA